AUGAAACCGUUGCCUAAUUGGAAACGUCGAAUCGGGGGUCAACUCAAAACCUGGCUCGACUCGGUCCGUCAAGACAUGGCAGUGGUUCUUGGACCUUCGGUAUUCGGUCUCUGGCGCUGGCGAAAAGAAUGGGUUGAACUGUCCAGGUCUGCGGCCAUGGAUCGUCGCGCUUGGAGAAGCAUCAUUCGGGACAUAAUUGAGGCCGGCUAG